UUCUUUUUCCUCACAUAAUAACUCAAAUCAAGCCUCUUCUCAUUCCCUCUCUCUCUCUCUCUCUCUCUGAAGCUUAAUUACUUGUGGGUUCCUGUUCUGUAUUCUUUUCUUUAUUCUUGCCUCUCUGUAAGAUCAUGCCUGUUUUUGCAGAGAGUUCAUCCACUAUAGCAGAGCAAAUCAAGCUAAGAAAGCCCAGAAACCAAUUCCAUCACCAACACCAACAAGAAGAAAAUCCCAUUUCUACACAAGAAACAGAUCCAAACCCACAUAUCUCUCGCUCAUCCAAAUCCACAAUCUCCUCUAUCUUCCUUUCCCCUUUCUCCUCAAACACUACUGAGUCCACCACCAAGAAAAAGAGCACCACAUUCAGAGGUUUAGGAUGCACUGCUGGGGCGGCGCAGCAGGUGUCGGUGCCGGCGGUGAUACGGUCAUCGGCGGAGUGGGAGGGGAAGAGGGUGAAGAAGAAAAAUAAUCUGCAGCGGCAGAAAAGGAAGAAGGAUAGUUUAAGGAUUUACAAUGAGAGUAAUGAGGUGAGCUUGCAGGGCGUGGGUGAAGGGAGUAACAAUAAUGGAAACAGCGAUAGUAAUGGGAGUAGUGGAAGUUUCAACCCUGGGAGUUGUAUGGUUGUUCAGGAUGUGUGGUGUGGCCCUGGAAUUGGCUUUUCUGCUGAUGCUGUUGUUGGGUCAGUGGAUUGUGCUGUGGGGAGGAGAAAUGCGUCUGGGAGAGGGAAGAUUGAUGGGGACAACAAAAUCAAUCAAAGGGAGAGGGAGCGUGCUUCAUGUUUAGGGAGGAGGGCCACAGUCAAUCCUGAAACUUUUUCUUUUUUGGAUACGGACCCUGCUUUUGUAACAUCUCGCCCUGAACCUGAAGUCUUGGGAAGUAGAUAUUACCGUCAUGUUCGGCAUCCUUCGCCUGAUGGCUUAGCUGAGAUAAUGAUGCUCCAAAAUAGUUUCAUGGUGGGAGGAAGAAUGGAUAGAUUUAGCGACUGGAGGCUUGAUAUUGAUCACAUGUCAUAUGAGCAACUGCUGGAGUUGGGUGAGAGAAUUGGUAAUGUGAGUACUGGACUGAAAGAAGUCGAAAUCAGCCAAUGUGUCAGGAAAAUGAAGCUCUCCAUUAUCAAAGACCUUUCAUCACAUUUACCCUUGAUACUGGAUAAAAAUUGCAGCAUUUGUCAGGAGGAUUAUGAAGCAGAUGAUGAACUUGGAAAGCUGGAUUGUGGACACGGCUUUCACAUACAAUGUAUAAAGCAAUGGCUGGCACAGAAAAAUAUUUGCCCAGUCUGUAAGACUGAACCAGUGUCUCGAGGAUAGAGCUUGGUAUUCUUCAUUAUCUUCCACAUGGUGUAUAGAUUUUACCAUUAUACAUAAUCAUGAAUUCAUUCAUUGGUGUGAAGCUUCAAAUUACCUUGUUGAAAUGAUACCCAUUUUCUGAGUAAUUUAGCAGUUAAUACGUUGAAAUUACAGUACUGGAAUUUGAUGGAAAUGAUUUGCUUUGAUA